AUGGCUGCAGCGGGGAAUCCCGUCCAGGAGCUCUCCGAAGAAGUCACUUGUCCGAUCUGCCUGGAGUACUUCCAGGAUCCGGCGACGGUUGCAGAAUGCGGGCACAAUUUCUGCCGCGCCUGCCUGACCCGGAGCUGGGCGGCUUCGGCUGGAGAGCCUUCCUGCCCUGUGUGCAAACAAACCGCGCAGCCGAGGAGCCUCCGCCUGAAUCGGCAGCUGGCAAAUGUGGUGGAAAUAGCCAGGAAACUCAGCCUGCGGGAGAGAAAGUGGAGAGAAGCAACGAAGGAAGAAGCAGCAGCCCAGGAGAGACGCUGUGAGCAACACCGGGAGCCCCUGAAACUGUUCUGCCGAAAUGACGGGAUCCUCAUCUGCACGGUCUGUGAUAGAGCCAAGGAGCACAAAUCCCACGAGGUGGUUCCUGCUGAGGAAGCCUCCCAGGAAUACAAGGACAAGAUUUUCAACUGGCUGGAGAUUUUGAGGACGGAGAAAGAGAAAGUUCUGCUAUAUUUAGCAGAUGCUGAAGAUGAAAGCAAAGAAAUGCUUAAAAUAAUGGAAUCAGAGAGGCGAAAGACAGUGGCUGAGUUCAGAGCACUACGCUGGUUGCUGACAGAACGAGAAAACCACCUGCUGUCCCAGAUAGAAGAGGUGGAGAAGGAGAUAGCCAGAAAAAGGGACGAGCACCUGGCCAAACUCUCUGAGGAACUCUCCUCUCUUGAAAGCCUCAUCCGGGAGACGGAGAAGAAGCACCAGCAGCCAGCGAGUGAACUCCUGCAGGAUGUCAGAAGCACCCUGCAGAGGUGUGAGAAGAAACAGAACUUUUCAAAUCCAGAGGUUUUUUCUGUUGAACUGAAAUGGAGGAUCAAGGUCUUCUGUGACAUUGGUCCUUCCCUGGAAGGUGUCACAAAGAAAUUCAAAGACACUCUGGUUUCUGAACUUCAGAUGCAAAAAGCAAAUGUGACUCUGUGUCCAACCACAACUAAUGCCAAACUCAUCCUGUCUGAAGAUUGGAAAAGCAUUCAGCGUCAACAUAAUGCUCAAGAUCCGUCUGAAGAUCACAGGAACGUUUUUUCCUCCAUGAAGGGUGUUGAGGGAUUCACAGCAGGCUGCCAUUUCUGGGAAGUCUCUGUGGGUAAUGAGGAUGGCUGGGCGGUGGGAGUGGCCCGAGAGUCUGUGAGCGGCAGGAUCACCUUUACACCUGAGAAAGGGAUCUGGGCUGUGGGGAGAAAUAGGGGCCAGUACAAGGCUUUCAUACACUGCGUUUUCUCUCCCCUGAACCUGAGUGGUGAACUUAAGAAGAUCCGAGUCUCUCUCAACUAUGCUGGGGGACAGGUGUCCUUUUUUGAUGCUGACAGAGCAGCCCUUCUCUAUAGGUUCUCUGAACUCUCCUUCUCUGGAGACACCCUUCGUCCCUUCUUUGCUGUGUGUGAUAAAGGCUACCUCAGACUCUGUACUUAAGGCAGUCAGAUCUCCCUCACUGGCUGUGCUGAUGUUGCUCAUGAGAUCAGGAUGACUCGUGGGAAAAUAAUCCUUUUCUCACCCAACAGCCCUUUUCUGGCUCUGCAAAAACUUCUACAGGCUGCCAGUCACCCAAGUUAACACAAACAUUGUCUGUUUUUGUUCCUUGUUUUCCCCCCCCUUUCCUUGGCCUAUUAUCUCUUUAAAGAACAGUAAUGCAUUCAGUGUCAUAAAUAGCCAUCAUAGUCUCUUCAGAGAUAAAGCAGAAAUAUGGGUCUUCAGGGAUUCAUCCCCUUCCCUGUCUCCCAUCCUUUCCAGUUUUCCUCCAUAUCCCCUCACAGGGACUUUUCCACAUUUCAUGUUCCUCAGAUCUAACUUCCUGGCCAUUUAUACACUUGUGGUGUUGUCCGCGUUGAGUGUACAUUCCCUUUGGGAUGGGUUCUCGGUCAUGCACACAUUUUCCCCUUUUCAGAACUCAUUGUGCCACAGAUCUGACCCUCCUCAUGGUUUCCGAAAGUGAUCAAAGUGUGACUUUCUCCUGCCCUUUGCAGUGAAAGCAACGGCGAACAGUGACUUCUUCUGGUUCUGGUGGGUUUUCCGGGCUGUUUGGCUGUGGUCGGGGUGGAUCUUGUUCCUAACGGUUCGCCUGCAUCUGUGGCUGGCAUCUUCAGAGGUGGAUCACAGAGGGAAGUCUGUUACA